AUGAUUGGAGCUGAUAGAUUUGUUGCAGCCUUCACAGCCGUUGAGUUCAAGAUAACUUUGUCUGCCUGGUCUGAGGAACUUAUUCAGCAGCCAACUGAUGAAUUAGAUACAGAUAAAUACGAUGAAUUACAAAGAGAAGAUCCUUAUAAAAAAGGAGCUAUCCAAAGUCUUAUCAUGGAUUUACAUCUGGAAAUUUUUCAGGUUUAUUACAGAGUGGCAUUUAAACUUUUGAGAAUAAAUUUUGAUUUACUGGAUUCCAAAAGCAGCUGUCUAGGAAGCAGCAGCCUUGGUUCACAAUGCGGCUAUGCCAUUAUAACAGAAGCAGACAUCUUGAAGAAAGUGAAGAAGAACAAAGUGCUGAAGGCACUAUUUCUAAUUCAAAAAGUGAAUUAUUUGCGUAGUAAACAAGAGGACACUGCUUUACAAAAAACCCUCCUCGAGGAAAUUGUGACUCUGCUAAAGAAAACAGAAGCUGAAGAGAGGAAGCUAUAUUUGUUAAACACACAACCGGAUUCUUCAGAUAACGAGAAGCUUGAUGUUGUACCACCUCCCAUGCUGGUCUCCAGAACACAUAAUUCACUGACAUUCAAGCCAGCUCCUUUUGUUUCAUCUAAAAAGGUUUGCUGGUAUCAGAUAUUUGGUCGAAGUGCAACAGGAUCCAUUUUUAAAGUCAGGCUGAUGGAUUUACACCUUCACGGUACAGGACGAGAGGUGCCAGCCUCUCAAGAGUGUUUACUGGAGGUUAAAGGCCUCAAAUCUAAUGAAAACUACAUUUUUGCUGUCGCUGCUUACUCAAAAGAUGGAAAAGUCAUUGGGAAAGAAAUCGGAGAGACCACAAAGCCAAUUCUAGUAUUUCAUGCACUUCCCCUUUUUACCACAUGGUCCUACCUUUGUCAGGCUGCAUAUCAAUUGGGACAUUAUCCAGUGGCGAAGAUUGCUUUCUCAGUGCUGUGGGAUCACUUUGUCUCAGACGUAUCUUCACCUAGACCAGAUCCAUGGUAUACAUCUAAUAAAACUGAAUGGUAUAUCAUUCAGAAAAGAUUAGACAAUGUUGCUGUAUCUCUGGCAUCCCCCAUUCUUCUCCGAGGCUUUCUGUGCAAUAUCUUCAUUGAUUCUGAUAUUAAUUGCAAGGAAGAUGCAGCUUUCUGUGACUCAGUCUGCGAUAAUGGACCACUCUACAAAGGACAACUCAGUAGACUGGCUAAGUGUGCAAAGGUGAUGGUGGCUAUUGAUCUUGCUAGCUGGCUCAAUGACAGCAAUCAAGCACUGCAAGCAGUUGCCCAGUGCUAUGGACUUCUGGCACCCAUGAUCUUUCACAGGAUUCCUUCAGCUCCAGUUGUGCAGAUUCUCAUCAAAUGCCUCUGUGUCCUGCAAGAGGUUGCUGUUCUCAAGCAGAAAAAAACAUCUGCAGUCACUGAAAGUGUGCAGCAUAUGAUUGGUUGCAUCACGUAUUACUUGGCAAAGGUAUUACGAUCUUGGAAAGAAUACGAUCUUGCAUUAGAAGUCGCGGCAAUUGGAAAGGAGACUCUGCUCUCAACACUCCGUUUGCCCAAUGUGGAUCUAAAGACUUUGGGAAGUGGAGAAACUACGCAAGUGGUUGAACCAACGCAAGGACAAGAGAGCAAAUUGGAAAAACCUACUGUUGAGGACAAAUUAACAGUUCAGAACACUUCAGAACAGUUGAAGGCAAUGGAUGAAGUUUUGGUUGAUCUGACAAAAGAUGUUACCUUUCCAGUGAAAACAGAAGAAUUGACAGAAAGUGAACGCUCCACUGCACUUUAUAUGACCAUUUUAUUUGGGCCAAUAAAUACCGCUCAUCACAAAGUAAUGAGUAUGAAAGGUCAACAUCGAUUCCUGGAGUUCUUUGUUCUUCUAAUGCAAAGAUUGGUACGAGAAGAGAAUUUUAAACCAGUUUCCAGAUGGGCAAGUGAAGUUGUAGCGUUUUUAAAAAGGCGUAACAGAUCUCUUCUUGGCCUCAAAGCAACAGAGAGCAAAUCAAAGAAAUCCAUGAGGAACACAGCAGUUGUGGUGGAGUAUCACAAUACACCUAUGACCAAAAAACCAAAAGACAAAGUAAAAUUGAAAGAUCUUCUGGAUGAAUUUCUCAACAAUCCAAUCCUUAAGAUGGAUCCAACUGCACAAAGGAAACAGAAGGAAAAAUUGGAAAAGAAGGCCAGAGAAAUUUUCCGAACACAGCUCAGACCACAUGUGCACAAUUACUUUCAACGUAAAAGAUUCCAUCAGUUUUGUAUUAAUGAAAUGCCAUGGCAUAGUCAGCUGCACAAGCUAGUGGGAAUUAGGCACUUUACUGCAUUCAUGAAGUGCUACGAAGAUGAAGGCUGGACUUCAAAGACCAUUAGCAGAUACUCCUUUCUGGACCCAGAUAUGUUUAUUCUCCAUAAUUCUGGGGCUCUAAUUGUUGACACAGAGCGUGGUGAUUCGGAAGCUAUGUUCGAAUUUAAUCUGUUUACAGACAAAGCCAGAGAAGAUUCAUCAGAAACAUCAUCAGUGGAUACUACUGAAAACUCUGAAAGUGAUCAGUCACUGUCACCAACUCAUGACCAGGAAUAUCACGCCUCUCCAGAUGAACCAGGCAUGCCAAGCAGUUCUACCAGUUUUAUUAUAAGCCAACUGAGCAAGGCGUUCUUGCACUUCAGAAAAGCAGUGGUGCUCGCACACCGUGGAGGCCAUUGGACAAUUCUGCAGAAUACUUGUCAACUUCUAUGGAAUUGUGCACACAUUGCAAUGAUGUACAUCACUGGCAUGGACACGGCAAUAGAAGGUGUAUUAAGCUCAGACAAUGUCAAGCUGAUCCUCUGUACACCAUUUAACUUAGCUGCACUGAAUCUCCUUGAUAUGAUACUGCAUCUACAGAACUCCAAUAAUUAUGUAAAGUUUAUUGAUACAGAUGGCAUGUUUCACGUCCCAAGCUGUGUGGGGCCCUUAGCAGAUGAUAAAGGUGGAUUUAAUCUGAAAUUUGAACACCCGUUUGAUGAUGUGAAUGUAGUUGACUUACACUGGGUGUGUGCCAUGGUGUUAUAUGCUUUGGAGUUGCUGUGCAAUCAAAAGAAGUGGGAAUCCUUAGUCCAUUUGGCCAUCUACUUCAACAUUGUUACACAUGAACGGUACUCUGUGAAAGUCACUCCCCUCUUGGUUCACGCCCAGGGCCAGCUUCAGGCAAGGAUCAGUGAGUGCCAGGGUCCUGCUCCUCCACAGCCUCAUUUUGUGAAGGCCUCACUUGACUCAGGAACUGUUAUAAAUUGCAGGAACUUUAUAGAACAUCAGUUGACAGUUGCAACAUCUACAUAUGGCGAAGGCCCUGUUGACCCUGAGCAGCAGGAUGACGAAGGAGUCACUAAUUUAGAAGUGAAGAGAGCAAAUGCCUUGAUCUCGGUACCAGUGGAUAUGAAGGAUACACUCAACUGCUUCAGGGAGACAUUGGUCAUCACAAACUAUAUCAGUUGUGCCUUCCGGCACAGCAGAAAGCUGCAUGCAUUAUUCCUGGCUUACACACAACAAAGACGGAGGGAAAUAAUGAGAGCCACACCUGGAAGAGUUGGCUUCAAUGCAACACCAACACUUAUUGAAAAUUCCAAACCAGCGGACCUGUCGAACGAAGAUUUUCUUUUUUUUAGUAACGUUUUGAGUAAGCCACUGUCGUGGUCACAAGUUUUGCUUGUCAUCAUAUCAUAUGACAAUACCAUUGACCUGCUUCGAUCAAAUGGCCUGAACAGUUUGUGUGCACAGGCCCUCCAUGAACAAGGAAAUCUUCACUUCUAUAGAGCAAAGAGGAGGAAUGCUUUUAAAUGCUGGUCGCAAGCAAUUGAUGCAAUUGUAAAUGUGACCGACUUUAUCAAUAACUGGCAAGACAUGGAAAGUAGCGGCAUUUCAUUUAAACAUUCAAAAGAUUUCAGUGAAACCCUGCUACAGCGAGCUGGUAUCUGGGGUUGUGUGCUGGCUGGAAUCUUGUCUGCAAAAAUAGCUCAAUUUAUUACAUUCUCGGACUUCAAAUUCAGAACUGAUUGCUGCAUCUUAUCAAGCUUUUUCUUUAAGGGCCUGCUCAGAACUACUCUUCCACACCCAAGAAGUGACUGUGAAUAUGCAUCAUAUGAAAUUGGCUUUGAUUGUGACGUUGUUGAGCUCAUUCCUGGGAUCGACCUUUUCUCAGACCGUUUCAGAGCUGAUAUACGGACAAUGGUGGGAAGUAUGAACUUCCUGCUCCACGAACUACAUGCUGCAAAGCAAAACCUAUUGGCUUUACCACUGUUCACACUCUACCAAUAUGUUAUAACUUCAAUCUGUCGUGAUGUACAGAAGAGCGUUGAAGCAAGAAUAUUGAAGAUGAGAGCUUUGACGGAGUUGGGACUCUUCGCAGAAGCUUUUGCUGAACACCAUAUCAUGAUUAAUGGUGAAAAGAUUCCAUGUUUACUGUUGGGAGGUUUCAGACCUUCACAGCCCAUGGUUCAAAUGAAGUUUAAUCAAUCAAUACCACUUCUCAGUGAUAAUUUACAGGUGCUUGAUGAGGUAUUGAAGACAGAACUACCUUUGGCAUUACACACACUUUAUGGCUCUCGCCUUGCAAAAAAAUUUGAACUUGGACGAACUUAUCUUAUCAUCAAACUUGCUGAAACUAUAAAGCACAUCCCACAGUCGGCUGGUGGUGUCUGUUUAAAAACAAUGGGACAAGGGAAUGCUCCAGGGCCCACGGCCGAAGCCUCCGAAGUCUCGCGCAUGCGCAUACUGGAUCUGGUGGAAAUGAAGCUGGUGGAAAUGGCAGAGGAUGAUGUAUGGAAGCGGAGGCGAGUGGGCAGAAAGCUGAGAACCAAGGGAACUUCAUCACUGUUUUGUCUGAGAAGUAAACUUGCUCUGCUCCAAAUUGCAGGUGAAAGAGUCUUAGACCUGGAUAAUGAGGAUGUGACAGUCAUUACUCAUUUAACGAAUGUACACGGUGCCACAAAACAAUGUCCAACCGAAGAGACACGUGACCUUUAUUCCCUGCAAGGCCACCUUAAUUUACCCCAGCUCAAGGAUGCAAUCUUGAAAGAGGCACAAAAUAAGUUGAAUGUUUUAAUUGACGCUUUGAAAGACAAAUUUAAUUGUGAAUUUGUCAACCUUCCUCCUCUGGCUCUGGAGAUGGUCAUUGAUGCCAAACUUCAGUCUGCAGCAAUAGCUUUCCAAAGAUUGCAACUGGCCUUCAGCGCAGCCAUUGGUUUAUCUGCAGUUCAGCUCUUGCAAAGAACCAGAAUCUUGAAACAUCGGCAAGAGCAUAAAAGAAGUUCAACCCCAGCCCUUAAAAGUGCAUUUAAAAGUACUCAACACGGGGAUCCUAUGAAUAUAAACUUCCACCAGGAAACGUAUAAUGUGGAAGCACGCGAGCGUUUGCAUAUGGGUCUGUGGCUGAAGUGUCGUUUGGCUCUAGUGACUGCCCUGACUGCUCAGAUAUAUGGCGUGGGACUAAAGGAAGAUGUGGAGGGCAGUCUGGAUACCUUUGCGAUCUGUGAAGAAGGGAUAAAAGAAGCAAAGGUCUAUGGUGAUGUCGAGACACAAACUGAGUUCAUGCUGCAGGCAGUUCUACUUGAUUUCCGGCUGGGAAAUAUUAACAAUCGCAUCAGGACACGUUUCCAGAAUAUAGUGGAUCUACUAAAUUCAAGACCCUUUAAUUCACCCAAUGCACACCUGCUUCUUGCUCAGAGUAUCCUUCAGUUGACUGACUUGAAUACAUUGGAAUCGAUGUGCAUUGUGAAACCUGCUAUCAUGUGGAAGAAGAUGAAUACUUGUCUCUCGGCCCAGAAAUUAAUUCUUGACCAGCUUGUUUUACUGGGAGAAACUUUAAAGCAUGAAGCUAAAGGAGAUAUCUAUUCCUGUCCAGCACAACCAAUGAAAAAUAUUUAUUUUCCACAUAUUAUCAUGAUGGCAAAAGUUAAACUAAGACUCGGGAAUGUUGCCGCAAAAUUGGCAGCAUGCUCAGACAAAAAGAAGUUAUCAUCAUGGCAUGAUGCACUUUCCAUGUACAACAAUGGUCUUGAGCUGUGUAAAGAUGCAGUAUCUCAUGAGUCUGAUCUAGAGGCAGACCUCCUGUUACAAAAAGGAAAAAUACUGCGCCAGUUAACGGAAUCACAUUAUUUGGAAAGUCUCGAAGCUGCUAGUUUUUUGAUGGAAGCGAUCAAUGUUUCUUAUUUUCAUGGGCAAAAUACCUGGCUGAUAAGGCAGUCAUAUUUGGAACUUGUUUUGUUAUACCUCCACCUUUCUGAUGAGGAUGAAAAAGAAGCAGAGAGAAGCCUUUGGCAAGUCCAAACAGAUAACAAACUAUCUGUGAAAUCAGGAAUUAUUUUAAUAUCUAAACAGUCCAAAAAAAAGGUAACUGGCCAAGGAAGACUGAAAGAAAUAUUGCAAGUUGUUUUGAAGCAGCCUCCAAAAUGUAAGAUUCUGGCAUGGAUUGCAAUCAGAGCUGCAAAUCAGGCCAACUGUAUCUUGCACAGUUCCCAGGAACUAACACGGGACCAGUCAAUUAGCACAGAACACAUGGAAGACAUUGUCCAAAAUGAUUUGCCUGAAUAUAUGCUUUUGGAUAUUUUAGCAUCACUUCACGAUUACCAAACAGAAAAUGACGCAUUAUUGCCAAGCUUAACUACCAUUCAAGGCGAGAAAGUGGAAGAAGAGGAGAAGCAGCAGCAAGAGCAGCAAGAGCAGCAAGAGCAGCAAGAGCAGCAAGAGCAGCAAGAGCAGCAAGAGCAGCAAGAGCAGCAAGAGCCAUUAGAAUCAAUUCAAAGUGUUGAUCCAAUGGCACCAUAUAGAAAGGCUGCUAAAAAGUUGACCUCCGUCCAUCUCCUUCGUUACAAUAACCACCUCCGAAGACUCUACAAUAUCUUUCUGCUUCCAAUUCAAAGUGAAAAAGACAAUGUCGAACUUCCUCAUUGCAAGAUUCAUCACGUUGAAACGCAAAAGUAUGAAGAUAUCUGGAAGUAUGCAAUGAAUAGUGCCAGAGAAGGAAUUCAUACAUCGGUUUUUAACAUGGGUAUUUUGCAACGUCUAGAACCAAUGCAUCAAUUUUUUAUCAGUCAUAUACCGGCAUACAAUAGUUCCUGCUGCGUUGAUGCUGUUCCUAUAAUCCUGUAUGAACUCUUUGACAAGAGUUUUAGAAUGCCAGAUUUCCAACCCAAGAUUUACACAAGUGUCUUUGGUGAGCAUACACUGACAACACCAGAAACCAGCUACAUCGGUCAAAUCACAUCGAAGAUCAGUAUGGCAGUGCAUUCUAAAGACAAAGAGCUACGAGUCCAAUGGUUCAUGCCACCUUUGGGAGUGUCCUCUUCCAUUUGUGACACCCAAAAGAUCUUAUUUUUGUACGCCUAUAACGUAAAACCGAUUACACUAAUCAGCGUCAGGAGCAGCACCUUGACUAAUGCUUUCUGUGGUUACAAGUGGAUUUAUUUAAAAAGACUAAUUUUGUUGCGCAAGAAACUGUCUGCAUUGAUACAAAAGGCUGAGAUGUACUUGCAACCGGAAAUUUCAAGAUCUGCUUCAAUCCAACGCAGUUUUCACAGACUAAGGCAAAGGUACACUCGAACAGACUCUGCAAUGAAUAUUAGAAAACUACCCACACAAACAGAAGAGAUGGCUAUAAGCAUAUGCAGAGAAAUAAAAGAAAUGUUUCUUUCUGGAUCGGUCAUCAAGCCAGAAACAGAGGUUCCCUUUGACAUUACCGCCGAGACCCUCAAGGAACUUGAAAAAGUAUUUAAUCCUGGCUCAGGAUUUGUUCUACACCACGGGAGUUUGUUUAAGUGGUUGAUAUCCUUCAUCGAGUCAGAUUGAAUUCACUGGCAGCCUCCCAGCAGAUUGUAUUCUUUUGAUUUUAUUCUUAUACUUUUACAUUGCAUCCAUAAAUUAACAGAGGGGCCAAACUGAACAUGCUUCUGGAACUUUAUUCACUUUAUCACUUCUAACAGAUAGAUCUGUAUUAAACCAAUUUUUAUUUUCAAACUGUUGAAUAAAUUGUUAAGUAAACUUCCAAUCUACCCAAUAGUUUUAGUUUGUGGUCUCUAUGUUUCAGACCACCAUAUAAUUUCUAAUCCACAUUUUCUUUGUAUGAGAAUCAAAUGAGUAUAAAAGUUGAUGACAUAUCUUGAUUAAAAUAGCUGCAUUAUUC